CUCCAGACGGGGCCACAUGUUCAGUUCACAUUGUCCAUCCCAGCCCCGCGAUAAUUACAUUCACUUACGAUUUAUCGGCGCCAUGUUUUAAUUCCUUUCGAUAUUCGCGUUUACAAUUAGACACAAUUUUCACUCAGUAACACUAAACUUUCACAGUCUCUUCGAACGUCAAAAUUUUGCACGGUUUGUUUACAAAAAGAUUUAAGUUCUCAAUGAAUUAACCGUUUUUCACAAGCCAGCUGCGAUACCGAACACGAAUUGCUUCCUCUCGAACGCUGCCGCCGGUGACUUUUUAGCAAAGACUGCGAAGCGCUGCUUGACAGUUUAGUUUAGCAGACGAGUGAACAAACACAAAUGGCAAGGAAACAAAUACCGUUUGUUUUAUACGGUUUGGUUUUCCAACAUUUCUGCACUACUAUGUUCCAUACAUACGUUCACACAUUGGAGCUCAAUUCACUUGCACAGCAACAUCCCAACCUACAUGUGCUGCAAAUCGAUUUGAAGGACAUCGAAAAGUAUGACCAAUUCGUGGCCCAGGUGGAAUCAAUUGUACAAGAUAACGGCUUGAACGUGUUGCUGAACAAUGCCGGCAUAUCGCCCAAAUCAACGCGCCUUGGCUUCGUCAAAAGUGACGAUCUCGUAGACACGUUCGUGACCAACACCGUUGCUCCGAUUAUGCUUACAAAGGCUUUGGUUCCUCUGCUGAAAAAGGCUGCUGAAGUGAACCCGGCCGUACCUAUUGGACCUCAGAAGGCUUGCAUCGUUAAUAUGAGCUCUAUUCUUGGUUCGGUUGGGGCCAACACGGAUGGUGGAUUGUACGCUUAUCGAACAUCGAAGUCGGCACUCAAUGCCGCCACCAAAUCGAUGAGUAUCGAUUUGAAACCGAACCGAAUCAUGGCGGUUGCACUGCACCCGGGCUGGGUGCGAACCGAUAUGGGUGGAUCGAAGGCCCCAUUGUCUGUGGAGCAGAGUUGCAUCAAAAUGGUACAAACCAUACUGCAGCUGAACGAAAAUCACAGCGGAAAGUUUAUACAAUACGAUGGGAAGGAACUUGUUUGGUAGUUGAGAAAUGUGGUAAAAAGGGGGUGUAUACUUAUGAAGUUGGGGCAAUAAAUUUGUUGAUUUAAGAUUACUUUCACCAUUACACUA